GGCGAAUUUGACGCAUUUAAGCCGAAACACCUUCGUACCUGGGAUCGGUAUGGGAAUAGCAAAGUGUCCUUACGACCCGACUGACAAUUCGACGGCCGUAUGGGUCGAGAACGGAAAUCCGGGUGAUUUGCCGGGACUUUAUUCCGGAACGAACGCCGAAUUCACGAAAGCAGACACCGUUAUUUUCAGAACGGAUCUUCACAAUCUCACUACCGGUCGCAAAGAAUUCACCUUUAAAAGAACUUUGAAAUACGACUCAAAGUGGUUGGAUAAACCAAAUUUCGUGGGAUCCUUCGAAAUCGGUGAAUACGUUUUCUUCUUUUUCCGUGAAACGGCAGUCGAGUAUAUAAAUUGCGGAAAAAGCGUCUAUUCAAGAGUGGCAAGAGUUUGCAAGAAAGAUACCGGUGGAAAAAAUAUUUUAUCGCAAAAUUGGGCUACAUAUCUGAAAGCUCGAUUAAAUUGCUCGAUUCCGGGGGAAUUUCCAUUCUAUUUUAACGAAAUCCAGAGUAUUUAUAAAGUCCCAGGAGAUGAUAACAAAUUUUACGGCACUUUCACCACCUCAACAAACGGAUUGAUGGGCUCAGCAAUUUGUUCGUUUACUUUAAACGAUAUCCAGGCUGCUUUUAAUGGGAAAUUUAAAGAGCAAGCUACUUCAUCGUCUGCGUGGCUUCCGGUUUUGUCGAGUAGAGUCCCGGAACCACGACCGGGAACUUGCGUUAAUGACACGGAAACUUUGCCCGAUACCGUCCUUAAUUUUAUCAGAUCACAUCCGUUAAUGGAUUCAGCGGUUAGCCACGAAAAUGAAAAACCGGUUUAUUUCAAACGCGAUUUAUUCUUCACCCGAUUGGUUGUUGAUAAGAUUAAAGUUGAUAUCGGUGGUGCUAUUUUGGAUUACACCGUUUAUUAUGCCGGAACAAACGAUGGUCGCGUCCAUAAAAUCGUUGAAUGGUCAAGAGAUGGUGAUGAAUCCUCUUCAAUCCUCUUAGACGUUUUUGAUGUAACACCCGGGGAACCAAUUCAAAUCAUGGAAAUCUCGAAAGAACACAAAGCUCUCUUUGUAGCUAGUGACCACCGCGUCAAACAAAUCGAUCUCGUUAUGUGUAACAGACGUUACGAUAAUUGUCUCCGUUGUGUCCAUGAUCCUUAUUGUGGUUGGGAUAAAGACUUCAACGUUUGUAAGCCUUACGUACCUGGAUUACUCCAAGAUGUCUCAAACAGUACGAUCCACGUGUGCGAUAGUAGCAUAGUCAAAAAGAAAAUGGUGGUAACAUGGGGGCAAAGUUUGCAUUUGGGAUGUUUCUUAAAAAUGCCAGCGGUUUUGGCGACGCAAACAAUUACUUGGUAUCACCACUCGAAGGAAAAGGGGCGUUAUAAGAUCGUUUUUCGACCGGAUAAAUAUAUUGAGACUUCGGAACAUGGAUUGGUGAUAAUUGCUGUAACGGAAGCGGAUGCUGGGUUGUAUGAUUGUUGGAUGGGAGCUUCGUUGUUGUGUUCUUAUAAUGUUACUGUUGAUGCUCAUCGUUGUUCACCGCCGUCCAAAAGUAAUGAGUAUCAAAAGAUUUAUUCGGAUUGGUGCCAUGAAUUUGAAAAGUAUAAAUCGGCGAUGAAAACUUGGGAAAGAAAACAAUCGCAAUGCGCUUCAAGAACGAACGAUAGCAACCAGAAUAGCCAUCCAAAUGAAAUUUUUAGACAAUUAGUCUGAUAGCUGAUCCAGCACGGUCCUCUGUCUCUGACUCCAUUGGGUAUCCCUCUUUCAUGGACGCAAGUGUUGUUUGUGUAAAUAAAUCUUUAAGGAGAAAACGUCGACGAAAAUAAAAAUU